CGGGGGCGGGGCCGGGGGCGGGCUGCCCUUCGAGCGGGUCGCCGCGGGCAGGCGGAGCCGCCGGAGCCGCCGCGCCAUGGGCAGAGCCAUGGGGCUGGCCGGGCUGCUGCUGGGGCUCUUCCUCGUGCCCGCCGUGCUGGUGAGCACUAGCCUUCGCCACGGCGCCCCGCGGAGCGAGUCCGAGUCCGCGCCCGCGCCGGGGCCGGCCGAGUGGGAGCCGGCCUCGGGCGCCGUCCCCGAGGACUCCCUGUGGCCCCUGCCGCAGUGGCUCCGCACGUCCCGCCGCCAGCUGCAGCUGGCCCCCGGCCGCUUCCAGCUGGUGCACGGCGCCGGCUCCUCGGCGGGGCCGGCCUGCGGUCUGCUGCAGGACGCCUUCCGCAGGUACUACGAGUACAUGUUCGGGCAGUCCCGCCGGCGGAAGCGGGGCCGCAGGCCGGUCGGCGCCCGAGCGGAGCCCGAGCUGUCGCAGCUGCAGGUGGUGAUCGAGUCCCGGGACCCCGGCUGCCAGAGCUACCCGCACCUCGCCUCCAGCGAGGCCUAUCAUUUAACUGUAACUGAGCCUGUGGCUAUACUGAAAGCAGAUGAGGUAUGGGGUGCUUUAAGAGGUUUGGAAACCUUCAGCCAGUUGGUUCAUGAAGAUGACUAUGGAAGUUUUCUUGUCAAUGAAACUGAAAUUGACGACUUCCCAAGAUUUGCUCAUAGAGGAAUCUUACUAGACACUUCAAGGCAUUAUUUACCGUUGAAAUCUAUUCUUACAAACCUGGAUGCCAUGGCUUUUAACAAGUUCAAUGUUCUCCACUGGCAUAUAGUCGAUGAUCAGUCAUUCCCUUACCAGAGUAUUUAUUUCCCUGAGUUAAGUGACAAGGGAGCGUACUCCUAUAACCACAUCUAUACUCCUACUGAUGUCCAUCUGGUGAUUGAGUAUGCCCGCUUAAGAGGCAUUAGAGUUGUCCCAGAGUUUGAUACCCCAGGACACACCCAGUCUUGGGGAAAAGGUCAAAAAGAUCUUCUUACCCCCUGUUAUAAUGGAGAACAGCCAUCUGGGUCCUUUGGACCUGUAAAUCCUAUUUUGAAUACAACUUAUGACUUCAUGACUAAAUUCUUCAAAGAGAUCAGCAGUGUAUUUCCAGAUGCAUACAUUCAUUUGGGAGGAGAUGAAGUGAACUUCGAUUGUUGGAAAUCUAACCCUGAAGUGAAAGAAUUCAUGAAGCAGCAAGGAUUUGGCAUUGACUAUGCUAAACUGGAAUCUUACUAUAUUCAGAAGAUUUUGGACAUUGUUUCCUCCUAUAAUAAAGGAUACAUUGUCUGGCAAGAAGUGUUUGAUAACAAAGCGCAGCUGAAACCAGACACUGUAGUUCAAGUGUGGAUGGAAAACAACUAUGCUCAUGAACUGAGCAGUGUCACUGGAGCGGGGUUUACUGCUAUCCUGGCAGCUCCGUGGUACUUAGACUACAUUAGUUAUGGACAAGACUGGAAGAAGUACUACAGCAUUGAACCACUUGACUUCCCUGGAUCUGAAAAACAGAAGAAGCUUUUAAUAGGUGGAGAAGCCUGCCUGUGGGGGGAAUUUGUGGAUGCAACUAACCUCACACCAAGAUUAUGGCCUCGAGCAAGUGCUGUAGGGGAAAGACUCUGGAGCAGCAGGAAUGUGACCAACUUACAGGAUGCCUACAAAAGAUUGACUAAUCAUCGAUGCCGCAUGCUCCGCCGUGGAGUAGCAGCCGAACCUGUGUUUGUUGGAUACUGCCCCCAUGAAGCAAGAGGGCAGUAACUGCUGCAACGACUUCUAGUCAACAACCUGAAGUGCCUCUGGGGUAUGAAUAUAGGUACUUGCAGUUUGAUAUUUGAACCAAGGCUUAAACUUUUCACUUUUAAAAUAAAGUUAUUUGACAUUC